AAAAAAUAAAACUUAAACUUUAAAAAAAUAAUAUAUAAUUUUUAACUUAAAAUCAUGUUAAUUUCACUAUUAUUUAAAAAAAUUUAAAAACAUCGGAAACUAACCGCGCGUAAGUACCACAUUCUUAAUUUGCGGUGUUCGAAGUUUGACAAUGUUCUCAUAUAAUGUAAAUUUGACAUUUAAACUCAUUUAAAAAAAAAAAAAUGGUUUUCACUAAAAUAAAAUAAAAUUAUUAUUUCUCGUUUCUAACAUCUUAUAAUUAUGAACAAAGAAUUCAAGUAUAUUUUAAAGUAUAAACCGAACAUACCAUCUUAUCUUAAUUUUUAGUUGAUUGUCAAAAACUUAAAAUUUAAACAUCAAGGUAACAUGUCAAUCUGGUGAUAUAUUUGUAACAUUCGUAGAUUACAAUAUACAAGCACUGCCUUUGAAUCUGAUUAAAUAAAUGUCAAAUGUAUAUACAUCAAGUGUUCCUUCCAUCUGCAGAAACCACCUCGAUACUUCUUGCCAUACCUUUUUUCCUUCUUUCUUUUAUCAUAUAAGUUUCUGAAUAUAUCUUAUUCCACUAGCUAGCUUCAACAUUAUGGUUUUGAUUUUGAAUAAUUCACGCCACACACAACAAAAAGGUAAAAAAGAAGAGAGUUUAUGUAUUAGUGCUACUUGUAAUUUCAAAUUUUACAAAAUUGCGAUGAGGGAUAUAAGUUUCUAGAGAAAAUAAUAUAUAUUUGGACAGCAAAAGUAAGUUGGAAAAAUUCGGUUACUUCGUAAUUUGUUAAGAAAUAAAAAUUGACGGUCAAGAAAAGGAGAGUGUGGGGAUGAAUAAAAACGGUAAGCUUAUAUCAUUCAACUGGGGGAGGUAGCUUCGUUAAAAGAAUCCAUCUUUUUAUUUAUUUUCAUCAAACCAUCCUUUAUUGAUUUAUUUGUUUAUUACAAAAACAACCGAAAAAACGACCCCACGAGAAAUUAAGGAGAUGGAGCCUCGUGAGGAGUUUGGUAUAGCUCUGAAGUCUAAAGAAACCCUCCUUAGAUAUCAACUCCCCAACACUCUCUCCCUACAACACACACACACACACACACACACACAGAUUCCAAACCCUCUUUAGCAUUUACGUGGCGACUCGUUUACGUGUGUCCAGUCCUCACACAUUUUCAUGCUUUUUAUUCAACCUACUAACUUCCACCUUUCCCGUUUUUUGUUUCUUUUCUUUCACUUUUUCGUUAAUUUAGAUUCUUUAUUAAUUAAUAAACUGUUCUCUAAUAUCAUUUAUAAGUCCGUUUUACGUUAAAGUGGCUAUCCCUUGAUGGUUAACAAUUAAAUGAUCAUUUUUGGGUUUAGGGGAAAAUUUUUUUAAAAAAUCUAUUGGUUUGGUUAUCAUAAACGGUUUUAAUGACAGAAAUACACAAGAAUUCAUAAUCUAGUUUUUAAACACUCUUUCAAAUUUAAACUGCAAUAUAUAGAUAUUAUAACAUUCAUACUGCUGUAACUCUCAAACAAACAGAUCAUUAAUGUCUUCCACUAAGAACUUUUUGUAAUUUGUGACAUCUGCAUAUUCUCGAACAAAUACAUGGUUGCAUAAGGAAUCGGUCACUCAUGUCUUCAUAAUCCAGUACUGAAAUAUUCCGCAUUGGCUUAAUAUUUGAAAAAGAACUAUAUCUUAUCAUACUUCCACCGAACUUUUUUUUAAAAAAUAACAAAAAAUACAGAGAUGAUGCUUGCACUUAUCUAAAUCUACGUGUUAUGGAACACCACAUUUUAAUAAAUAACUUACUUAAAUUUAUAUUAAAACCGUUUACAUCUGAUAUAAUUUAAAAGGUUUUAGACGAAUUAGUAUUAGUGAACCAUUAUCAAGAUGUAUUUAUUACAAAAUCUAUAAUAAUAAAAACAAAACUGGGAAAGCAAUGGGAAGAAGAUCUGAUUGGCUUUGGAAGACUUCGCGUGUUAAUAAGAUUUUUCUCAAAAAAGAAAGAUCGGACGGCAAUGCGUGGCAAGUCGCUUAUGACGUCGGAAGCUUAGCUUGCCACGUGUACGGUCAUCACCAUUUAGGUGACCGAUAUAAUGUAUUUCCCGUGACUUGACAAUCUAAUCUCCCAAUUUAUCGUGCUCCAGUGUCUCAAGAGAGAACUUACUCUAUUGGUUACCCAAAACUCACAUAAAACGUGGAUUUUAUAUUUUUUUUUAUCAAAUAAUUUGAUGUGCAAUAUAAACAUAUAUGUAUUAUUAUCUUGCAUGUUUAAAAAAUGCUAACUUAAAUUUUUCUUCAAUGAUUGAGAUUUUUCAUACACAUCCAUCGAGUUCACACUUAUGAUUAAACAAAGUGUAUUGUUACACUAAUAACGGUUCUAAGUUGUUUCAAUACGUUUAUGAUAACGGUUCUAUACUAAUACUAGUAUUCAUACGUUUAUGAAACUCGUUAAUUAUAUAUUUAACUUUGUUUAGCUGUAUCAUAACAAGCGUUUUAAGAAAUAAUUUAAUAAAAAAUGAGAAAACGAUAAGCGACGCCUUAUCGCCUAUGUGUAAUUAUCGUGUCAAAAUAUCGUGAUAAGGAAGCUGUUUCAGAGGAGCCUUCUCGUUUGUUGCGUCGUUGCUCUGAGCCAACAACGCUAAUAUAAAAGGAAGCUCAAGUCUCUCUGUUUUAAUCUCGGACCAAUAUACAAAACCGUGUGUUCUUCUCUGUAUCUUAUUAAAUCAAAACCAAUUUUGUUCUUCUUCUUUGAUUCUUUUUUCCUUCAUUUUUUAACGUAUCUUGAGAGAUCGACGAUGUCGUCGAAGAAAUCCCUAGUUCAAAGUCUCUUCAACAUUUCCAAAACCUACUCCAGGAUUUCUGGUCUUACCCGAAUGCGUCCGACCAAAUCCGGCGGCAUUCCUCCCGACGCCGGAGAUUCUGGAAUCCGCCGCAGAUUUCUCCACAAGAGGGCAUUUUUCUCGCCGGAGAUAGUUCCUAAAGGUGGUAACUUGAUGGAGAAACUCAGGGAAUUGACUUUGUCCAAUAAUAAUCGUAUUAGACUCGACGAGAUGUUACCGCCACCUUCGCCGAAGAAAUCAUCACCGGAGUUUUUCCCGGCGGUCACGGUGGAAGACGUGAAGAAGCUCAUGAGAGCAGCGGAAAUGGAGCUGGUGAAAUCGAAGCUGAGAGAGAUUGGCAAGAACUGGGUUCCUUAUUCGGAGUUUGUUCGGGUCUGCGGAGAAUACAGUUCGGAUCCUGAACAAGGUAACCGGGUCGCGAAUAUGCUUGACGAAGCUGGAAACGUCAUCGUUUUGGGAAAACUCGUCUGCCUUAAACCCGAAGAGCUAACAAGCGCCAUGGCUGGUCUGAUUCCGACACUCGAACCCAGUCUCGACGCCGAGACAAGACAAGAGUUCGAACAACUUGAGAUCAUAAAAUCAGAUAUCGACAAAAGAGCCGAUGAUCUGGUUCGAAAAGAAUUAUGGGCCGGAUUAGGCCUAAUAAUGGCCCAAACAGUUGGAUUUUUUAGGCUGACGUUUUGGGAACUGUCGUGGGACGUGAUGGAACCCAUAUGCUUCUACGUAACUUCGACAUAUUUCAUGGCUGGUUACGCCUUCUUCCUCCGAACUUCAAAGGAACCUUCCUUUGAAGGUUUUUACAAAAGCCGGUUCGAGACGAAGCAGAAACGUUUGAUUAAAAUGCUUGAUUUCGAUAUCGAUCGAUUUACCAAGCUACAGAAGAUGCAUCGUCCAAAUUUGACUAAAUCUGGUCGUUGUUGAUCGUAAUUCUUUUCUUCUUCUUUUUCCUAAAUCGGAUGCUAAAUUAAUGUAUAGACGACUGAAAUUUUCGUAGAGAAUAAUUAGUUUUAGAGGGAUAAAAAAAAGUCUUCUCAUGCGGGGGUAACACUAAAUAACUAAAUCAAUUAAUUAUUACUACUAAACUAACAAUGAAAGUAAAUAAUAUUUCCAAUUUUUUUAUUU